AUGGCCGACAAGCUCCGCACCAUCCAGAACCUUGAGGCUCUCCAGGCCCGUUACAUCGGUACCGGACACGCCGAUACCACCAAGUACGAAUGGACGUCCAACAUCCUCCGUGACAGCUACUCCUCUUACGUCGGUCACCCUCCCCUGCUGUCUUACAUGGCUGUCGGCAUGGGCGAGCCAAAAGAGAAAGUGCGCGCAAUGAUGCUGGAGAAAAUGGUCAGAGGCGCUGGUAAUCCGCCAGAGGUACGUGGUGUCUUGCAGAAAUGCUCAACAUAA